AUGAACCCCCCGGAGGAAUGCGCCAGGUGCCCUGCCCGAGGGAAAUGCCCCGUGUACCUGGCGGUGAGCUCAGGGACUGUUCGCUAUGCCCCAUCAGGUCUGGGCCCUGCACUUGACGAGGACUUGGGAGAGGAGCCCUGGGACACAGACAGCCAGCCCCACCCAGACGAGGGCCACCCGCCGCCCCUGGAAGCUGCCCCGGUCUCCUGGAAGAGUGUGGGCCCCUGCAAAAGCCGCAGGGAGUCCCCGGGAGACCUGGUGGAGCGCUGUGCAGGGGAGGACACCCAAGGUGAGGAGGGCCCCGCAGCCGCCCAGCUGGCCGUGUCCCGCCUGCGCAGCUCGUCCAUGGAGAUCCGCGAGAAGGGCUCGGAGUUCCUGAAGGAGGAGCUGCACAAAGCCCAGAAGGAGCUGAAGCUGAAGGAUGAGGAGUGUGAGCGGCUGUCCAAGGUCCGGGAGCAGCUGGAACAGGAGCUGGAGGAGCUGACAGCUAGCCUGUUCGAGGAAGCCCACAAGAUGGUUCGAGAAGCCAACAUGAAGCAGGCAGCGUCAGAAAAGCAGCUAAAAGAGGCUUGGGGCAAGAUCGACAUGCUGCAGGCAGAGGUGACCGCCCUGAAGACGCUGGUCAUCACGUCCACACCAGCCUCUCCCAACCGCGAGCUCCACCCGCAGCUGCUGAGCCCCACCAAGGCCGGGCCUCGCAAGGGCCACUUGCGCCAUAAGAGCACCAGCAGCGCCCUCUGCCCUGUCGUGUGCCCAGCUGCGGGCCACAUCCUCACCCCGGACAAGGAAGGCAAAGAGGUGGACACAGCCCUGUUUGCGGAGUUUCAGGCCUGGAGGGAAUCUCCCACCUUGGACAAGAGCAGCCCCUUCCUGGAAAGGGUGUACCGGGAGGACGUGGGCCCCUGCCUGGACUUCACCAUGCAGGAGCUCUCAGCACUGGUCCGCACGGCUGUGGAAGACAACACGCUCACCAUCGAGCCCGUGGCUUCGCAGACGCCGCCCACGGUGAAGGUGGCCACCGUUGAAUACGGCAGCACCAACACAUGUGCCCUCAGCGGGUUGGCCCGUGCCUGUCGCCACCGAAUCCGGCUAGGGGACUCCGAGAGCCACUACUACAUCUCACCAUCCUCCCGGGCCAGGAUCACAGCGGUGUGCAAUUUCUUCACCUACAUCCGCUACAUCCAGCAGGGCCUGGUGCGGCAGGACGCAGAGCCGAUGUUCUGGGAGAUCAUGAGGCUUCGGAAGGAGAUGUCGCUGGCCAAGCUGGGUUUCUUCCCCCAAGAGGCCUAGUGCCUGGCCCGGGCCUGGAGGGGGCUCAGAGCUGGAGCCAACACCUGACCCAGGAUAGACAGAUGGACAAGAAGACAGGGUACUGGAGCCAGCCUGAGCCACAAGCUGAGCAGAUGGACAAAUGGCCAGGCCAUGGAGGCAGCACUGAGCCGGUACCAAACAUCCAUCCCAGGACAGACAGGACCUCAUGGGGUGACCCUUCUCUCUUCCCCAGUAAUAAUACAGCCACCAGGAGACUAGACCGAGGAGCCUGGAGCCAUCCAUACUCAGGGCUCAGCCUUUGGGAGGGGACACCUGGGUGGCAGCGCCCUUGGCCCAGCCCGGGAGCUGCUGCCUGCAGGUGCCUGCUGCUGCCAUUCCCUGGGAAAGCAACCAUGUUGGGUGCCGCACCUCCCGGUAUCCCCCACCCCAAGUCCCAAGCCCCGGGCCAUGAGUACCUCCUUGUGGCCAUCCCUCGCCCCAUUCCUAGGUGGCCUCCCCUCUGGACUGUCCCAGCGGGCCUGCCAUCCUAAGUGCCCGCGGGCAGUGGUGCUAGGAAGGGCGGGCAGGAACUCCCACGCCCACUGGUACCUGCUUGAGAACUGCCCCAGAGUUCCUGCGAUGGAUCAAGGCCCCUCCCCCUCGACUGUCCCCUUCCCUGUCUGAGCCCUGUGCCCCGGGAGCCAGGCCCCCACCACCGCUGGCCAAACUGGGGCACUUUUCUUCCAACGUACAACACAGACAGCGCCUCAGGACGCCGUGCCUGUUUUCAGCUGUGGGUGGCCGUUCAGAGAGCGAGGACCGAGGUCACCAAGCCCUGCAUGCAGGACUGGGGUGGGACGGGCAGGACCCGGCCCCUCUCCACCCCUCACAGCCCACUCGGGACCAGGGUACAACCUGGACACAUCCCUCACCACGUCCAAUUUCCUCCUCCAAAUGGAAUGUAACGCCAUCUCUAUUUAAUAAAGGAAGCU